AUGUCAACAUUUCAUGGCAGUGAACCAUUCCUUCUUCCAUACUUUGCCUUCUCUUUGUUCAACAUACAUGAGAUUGCCAACUCGUCACUCAACAAUAAUACCUCUCCGGUCAUCAAUAACAACAACUCCACGACCAAUUCAACACAACUCACUCCAUAUGUUCGAAAUCAAAGCAUUGUGUCUCUAACCAUUGAUGGUAUUACAUUUCCAGUGUUUUCAUUUCUCGUUUGCUUUAAACUGUUUCGUUUGUUUAUGCGAUGGAAAUCAUUGGUACAAAACAACAAGUAUUUACAAACUUUGAUUAUUCCAUUGUCGGCACUUCAAAUUCUGGCGAGUGCUUCUGGUAUUGCGACAGCGACUGCAAAAUUAGUGGAAGCAAGACAAGUCGUUCCUCAAGUACUAUUAAUGAUCAAUUAUGAAUGUAUUGUCAUCACAGCAGGUCUUUGCUUUUUAUCUCAAUGCCUCACCACCAAAGUUCUCUAUGAAAUUUAUUACAAUCCGAAACGAUUGUGGAUGCAGAAUGGAGAAUUUGAAAAAACCAAAAAUCAUCAAACUGCAAUUCGAAUUUACUCGAUCGUGGCAGGUGUGGCAACAGUUGGAUUACUGUCAUUGCUUGUUCCAGCCAUUUUGAUUUCAUUGACUGUUCCCUAUUAUGGAGAAAACAAUCCAUCCUUCGAUGUGGAAAGUGCAGUGCGUGCUUCUCUCUACAUUUUUUAUGCCUCAAUUGCCAUUUCUGGAUUGAUCAUGAUCUUUUCAUGUAUUAGUGGUGUGAUUAACUUUUAUUUGACAAAUAUUUUGACCAAACAAUUGUUGAAUGAUGAGAUGGGAAAGGUCACUUCAAAGAGAAAGAAAGCUCAACGAACCAUCAUGAUUGCCAUUUCUCUUCAAACUUUUUUGAACUUGUUAGUGAAUAUUGUGGUUAUUUUGGCCUCUGUCUCUGUGUUUGUCGAUUAUUACAUGUUUAUCUUUGCGUAUGGUAUUCAAAGAGUGGUUGUGUUCUUGUUCACUUUUGGAGUUCGAUUUAUUUAUGGUCCUCUCGAUGAGUUAGAAGGAAAUAUCAGUAAGGAUAUCAAUGUUAAGGAAGGUCAGGAUUGUUGGGAGAAGUUUAUGGCUGCUCUAUGCUGCUGCUGUUGUGGCGGAGAGACCAAUAAUAGCGGUGGAAAAAAACCAUCCCAUGAUGCAAACACGUUGCAAACCUCAAAUGAAUUGAAAGAUGUGAAAUAA